GAGCCAGCGACACAGCGGACGCGCGAUGCAGACGCAUCACACCCAGAUCCGGUGUCGCAGGCCGUCUCUACCGCUGCGUCCACGCAGUACAUGUUUGACGACAUCGACGAGACGUUCUUGCAAGAGGUCAGCGUCGUGGAGCAGGAAGCUGCCCGCCGAUUCCUCGGGAACGCCCGGUCGAACCCCGUACCCCGGGAUGCGUCAAGUGAACGAAGGCAGCCGUCCGGCCCCGUCGUCGCGUCCGCGAGAAUCACACAGAGAAGCUCCUUCAAGCGGAAGCGGUCGGACGUACUAUCCAGCGCCCCGGCCACGCCUUCGAAACGCCUGAAGGGCAACAGGACCAAGUCCGGCGACAUCCCGGAGACAGUGGACCCGCAUGCUUCCGCACGCCAAGUGCUCAGCGGUAUAGAGGAAGAGUUGUCGUGUCCCAUUUGUAUGGAGGUGCUAGCCACGACUUACAUCACAAACCCAUGUGGACACUCAUGUUGCGGUGACUGUCUGCUGCAGUGGAUUGAUACUUCUCGGAAGCCGGGACCGACCGAACAUCCCAAGUGCCCGGUUUGCAGAACCCAGCUGUGCCGCGACCGUCCAGCUAUCCGGAACGUAGCAAUGGACAGCGUUGCCCGACGAUACGUCUCCAGCGCGGAGGAAGUCGGGAAGGUCGACUGGCAGCCGACUGGAGAUCGCCGGAGGAACUUCCUCACACGGUCCAACCACUCCGCGGUGUUGGCCGGCCAGUUUGCACAGCUGCCGAACACCUUCCCAUUGACCGUAGAAGAAGACCCAGACUUCGCACUA